AUGGCAAGUCCAAUUGUUGUGUUGACGAUGAUCUUCGGCUUCUUCUUCGUUUCUGCAUCUUGUCUAUCACCAACAUCUGAUGCGUGUCAUCCUGUUGAUCAAGCAGCAUUGCUUGAUUUCAAGGCGAAAAUAACCGACGACCCGUCGGACUUGCUGAAAUCAUGGAAUCAAACCACCGAUUGCUGCCACAGCUGGGCAGGAAUCGCCUGUAAUCCUUCCGGCAGAGUGGUGAGCGUUUCUCGUCCCGGCCUCGCCGACACACCCGACGGCUUCUAUCUCGACACAUCCAUGUCCGGAACUCUGUCUCCUUGGCUCGCCAACAUAACCUAUCUCGAAUUCCUUGACCUCAGUGAACUCAAGGAAUUGGGAAGUUUUAUUCCUCCUGAAUUCGGGUACCUUUCGCGCCUUACUCAUUUGUAUCUUAACACAAACAAGCUCAUUGGAUCUAUACCAGCAACAUUCCAGAACUUGCACAAGCUGGAGAAGCUCUAUCUCGAUGAGAAUCAGCUGUCUGGUACUGUCCCUUCAAACAUCUUUCAACACCUUACAUCUCUUUCAGAACUUGGUCUUUCAGACAACCAAUUUUCUGGUCCAAUUCCUUCCUCCAUUGUCAAGUUAGUUUCACUAACCAAGAUCGACAUCUCUCAGAACAGCUUUUCGGGUUGUAUUCCCCAAAGUUUUGGAGAUCUUAAGCGUCUCGUUUCUGUUGAUUUUUCUAAUAAUCAACUAGACGGAGAAAUCCCACAAUCCAUUGGUGGGCUGUCCAACUUAGAUACCCUGUUUCUGCAUCAGAAUCAGUUGAAUGGAAGCAUUCCUCCUUCAAUCUCUGGCCUUGUUUCCCUGAGAUUCUUCCGUUUAUAUGAUAACAAGCUAACUGGAAGCAUCCCAUCAUCGAUCGUGGACUUCUCCAACAACAACCUCAUAGGACAAAUCCCUUCGAGUUUCGCCAAUCUGCGGAGUCUUCAGUCCCUGGAAUUGUCCCGAAAUCAACUAAACAGUCCGAUCCCUCGGAAUCUUUCGAGGUUGCCGUUUCUACAGUCUCUAGACUUGUCGUUUAAUCCUCUUGGACUAAUCAGCAUACCCGACUGGAUGCAAGAAUUGAAGGUUUUCGAUUUACAGCUGGCGAGUACAGGAAUCGAAGGGCAGCUUCCUAAAUGGUUGGCUUCUUCAUCAUUCUCUACUCUAGUUUUGUCGAACAAUGACCUGACGGGGAAAUUGCCCACCUGGAUUGGAAACAUGACGGAGCUUGCGUUUCUGAACCUAUCAAACAAUGCCUUCUAUUCUUCGAUUCCAGAUGAGUUCAAGAAUCUAACCCGGUUAAUGGAUCUUGACAUUCAUUCCCACAUGUUCUCAGGUGGGCUGGAAUCCAUAUUCAAGAAACGUUUCGAGGAUCCAAUCGGCCGGUACAAUUCCAUCGAUGUUUCACAUAAUUAUUUUUCGGGUCCAAUCGAUGACAACAUUGGAGACGAACCAUCGUUAUCGCGGAUUUAUUACUUGAACCUAUCAAACAACCCGCUUGGAGGAACUAUACCAAAGUCGGUAGCAAAGCUAACAGAACUGAGGACUCUAUUGCUUUCGAAUACUAGUUUAAGUGGUGGAAUCCCGGAAUCCAUAUUCAACUAUUAG